ACAGCCCCCAAUCCCCGUCCCCCGGCUCCUCAGCCACAGCAGCACUUCCCACUGAGCUGAACCAGCCCCUCCCAGAGGACAGCAGCACAGACGGGGAGAGCAGAAUCACCCGGAUCACUCGAGCAAUGGCCAUGGAGGUGUUCCUGAUGGCUCAGAGUCUGAGGAGGAGAGGAUGCGUCCUGACCAAAGAUCAGCUCAUUGCCUCUGCCAGGAAAAUUGCAGCUUCUGGACAAAACUUCGCCAGACUCAUCUGCAUCAUUGCUAAGAACUGCAUAGAUCAAAGAUGUUCCCAGGAGCUUUUGUGUGUGGUGGAGCAGAUUCAAACAAUGAGCAACCAGCUUCGCAUCAUCUCCAGGUAGGAAGUAGCUCUGCUUUCUCAAGAC